GUUGAUUUCAUUUGAAAUAACGUUAACUCAGUGUCCUUAUUUUAUUUUUUUAUUCAACGUAGCAUGUUCUAUGAUGCUUUUGAUUGUACUUCAAAUUAUUAUUUCAUAUUUUUUAUUAUUUCUCUCUCAAUAACCACAUGACAUGAUAAAUUUCUGUACACAAUAAUUCUCUUGAUAUUUCUCACGUUUAUUUAUUUUUUCUUUGUAAAAAAUAUAAUAAAAAAAAAGUGAUAAAACGUCAUCGUGAUGGAUUUGCUGUUGGUGACCGUUGGCUUAGUAAAUUAUUAACUGUCAUCCAAGAUUGUCUGAUCAUUCAAAUACACAGCUAGAAGACAAGGAUAGUUUUAUCGUGGGGUAAAAACUACUGUCAGAACAACUUGCAUGGUCAGUCUUUGUUGAAACAGGUCCAAUGCAUGACACUAAUUUACCUUGUCUUAUCAUUGUAAAAUAGUUAUAAUUUAUAUAUUGAUAAAUAAAAAAUAAAUCAAUGGAAGACUUAAUCACAAGACUAUCCGAGGCAGCAGAUCCAAGAGUGAUUGAUUGGCCAUUUAUGAAUGAUCCAUCAUUUGUACUUGUUAUUAUUGUUGUGUAUUUAAUAUUGGUACUUAAAAUUGGACCAGCAUUUAUGGAAAAUCGUAAAGCAUAUUCGUUAAAUAAAUUUAUGUUUUAUUAUAAUAUUACUGCUGUUAUUGCAAGUGCAGCUAUAUCCUAUGGUUUACUUACGUCAGGAUGGACGACGACACUGACUUUAGGCUGUGAACCAGCAACUCAUUCGUUGGAUCCUGAACCAUUGAGGAUGGCGAAAUUUGUUUGGUGGACAAUGAUCUUAAAAAUUUUUGAACUUACUGAUACUUUUAUAUUUGUAUUACGAAAAAAAAAAAAUCAAACAUCUUUUUUACAUAUUUAUCAUCAUGCUAUGGUUGUUCUUAUUGCUUGGAUAGGAACUAGAUGGGCUGCUGGUGGCAUGUGGACAUUAAAUAUCAUAACAAAUUGUAUGGUCCAUGUGAUGAUGUACAUGUACUAUCUACUUGCAAGUUUUGGACCAAAAAUACAAAAUGUAAUUUCACCAUGGAAGCCUUACUUAACAAUAAUACAAAUGUUACAAUUUUUAUUUAUGUUAAUUCACAUGUGUCAGGCAUUGUUGCCAUCAUGUGAACCAACAAGAAAACCAAUUGCCUAUAUUUAUUUAUCACAAGUUAUUGUUGUAUUUUAUUUAUUUUGGGAAUUUUAUAAAAAAUCAUAUUUAAAAAAGAAUAAAAGUUUGUAAAUUUUAAUUUUAUAAAUAAAUUAUUAUAUAAUAAAAUUGAAAAAAAAAAAAAAUAUAAAACAAA